CAACGGUGACGUCACCGCGAGUCAGCCGUUAGCCGUUGGAGAAGAAGCCGGGUAGUCGGACAUCAUGUGUAAAGAUGAAGCUCACCGUGCCACUUCCACUCCUGAUCCUGCUCGCUGUCGCAGACCUGAGCCGAGCCCAGGUCAAGACCUCUAUCCUGGAUUUGACCAACAGCAUUGGGAACAUCCUUCCCAGUCUGAGCCGACCGGCAAACCACAGCCGCAUCUUCUACGCGGUGAUGUUUGAUGCAGGGAGCACGGGGACGCGCAUCCAUGUCUACACCUUCAUCCACAGUGACUCAGAGGAGCUGCCUGUUUUGGACAAUGAGAUGUUCCAUUCCAUAAAGCCUGGUUUGUCAGCAUAUGCUGACUCCCCUGAAAUGGCUGCACACACAGUGAGGAUGUUGCUGAAGGUGGCCAAGAAGACCGUGCCUCGUCUGGAGUGGAAGAGGACUCCGCUGAUCCUCAGAGCCACAGCUGGAUUUCGGCUGCUGCCUGUAGAGAAAGCUCAGACUCUUCUGGAGCAGGUUCAACAUGUGUUUGAUGAAUCUCCUUUUUUGGUCUCAGACAACAGCGUCAGCAUAAUGAACGGCACGAACGAAGGAAUCCUGGCUUGGAUAUCUGUGAACUAUCUGACAGGUCACCUGAACGCACUAACCAAGAAGACGGUGGGAAUCUUGGAUCUGGGGGGAGGAUCCACACAGAUCACUUUCCUGCCAAAAACAAGGAAAACCAUCGAAAGUGUUCCUGUUGAUGAUUAUGUUGCCAGAUUUGACAUCUCCAACACAACGUUUGAACUCUACACUUACAGUUACCUCGGACAUGGACUGAUGGCAGCGCGACUGGCCACGCUGGGAGCUCUGGGUGCAGAAGGGUUGGAGUGGCGGGUUUUUAAAAGUUCCUGCCUGCCAAAGAAGUUCAGGGAUGAAUGGAGAUUUGGAGGGCAGACCUAUCAAGUGAGCGGGGACCCAGAUGGUUAUGCAGGAUACAAGCUUUGUUAUCAGGAAGUACUUAAGGUGGUGAAGGGGAUUAUUCAUCAGCCGUACGAGCUCCAAGACAACAAUGUAUUCUAUGCAUUCUCCUAUUACUUUGACAGAGCUGUGGAUGCAGGCCUUAUCGAUGGGGUCCAAGGAGGGAUGCUGGAGGUCAGAGACUUCAAGAAGAGAGCUAAAGAGGUGUGCAAUAAGAUGACCAAGUACCCCCCUGUCAGUUCUUUCCUGUGCAUGGACAUGACCUACAUCACCUGUCUGCUCAAGGAUGGGUUUGGCUUCAAAGAUGGCACUGUGCUGCAGUUGACCAAGAAAGUGAACAACGUGGAGGCAAGCUGGGCUUUGGGCGCCACGUUGGACCACUUCCACAACCUGAAGAUCCACUGAGGAGAAGGGAGGAACAAACACUGCUGAUUUUAGGUGGUGCUCAAUAACAAACACGGGUAAUGUGUGCACUGCCUCAUCUGACGGCCCCCAGCCAUCUGCGGUUUGUUUCGUAAGGGCAGAACUAAACUCAUGAGUAAUUCUUAACUUAUUUUAAAAAGCAGUUAUUCUCAAGUGUUAAUAUAUUGAGCUGUAAAUGAGCAAUGUGUUGCCUUACUCAGAGAACAAGUGAAGCACUGGAGGUUGACAUUUAAGUGAAAGAUGUAACCAAUAACUCAGUUAAUGCAGCUUUGGGCAUUUCAGGAUACACAAAUCUGUUUUAGAAGUUUUCCUCAGACUGAUAAACAGGGUGGCCCGGUUUACAUGUGUUUAUAUUUUUUAAAAAUUAGCAAUAAGGAUAGUUUGGGAUACAUGUGUCUGGUACAUUUAAAUUUGACAGUGGAUCUUUUCAGCCACUGAAGUUUUAAAAAUAAGGGGGCCUUAUUUUCCAUCAGUGUAUUUUAACCUCCAGACUGCUGUUUACAAUUAUUAUGCAAAUAACAA